AUGGGAAGAAGAGCUAAGAAUAAACAAGGGUUACCACCGACUUAUGACGAGUUUCAAGCUUCGAAAGAAAAUAAAGUAAAUAAGAAAAGAAAGACUACAGAUGAAAUAAAACCAAUACUGAAUAAAAAACAGAAGAAUGAAAAAAGCACAACUCCAAAAUCAACCAAAUCCAGUAAGGACGACAAAAAGACCAAGCAAUCAAAGAAACCAAGUAGAGAAAGAGAGGAAGAAGAAGUAGAAGAAGAUGAAAACUUACCAGAAGUUGAUCUUGAAGAAUUAGCUUCAGCCAGAAAAUCCUUAUUUGAUGAAUCUGAUGAAGAAGGAGAUCAAGAAGAAGAAUUAAACGACGAAUUUGAUAUAGAAAAUGGUGACUACGAAGGUGGAGAAGAUCUUGAUUCAGACGAAGAAGAUCGUGUAAAACAUAUGUUUUCAGAUGAUGAUGAAGAUGAUGAAGAUUUGGAAGGUUUAAAUGCACAAAAUAUGGAAUUAUAUUCUAAACAAUUAGACGAAGAAGAAGCAGAAGAAGCAGAAGAUGCAGAAAAGGAAUUAUUAGAGGAAGGUUUAGUACAACCAAGAGCCAAAGUUUUACCAACAACAGAAGAAGAAGAAAUAAUGUCUCAAGGACCACAAGAUGUUACGAUGGUAAGAACAAGAAUGCUAGAAAUUGUAAAAGUAUUAGAAAAUUUCAAGACAUUAGCAGAAGAAGGGAAAUCAAGAGCUGAAUAUGUUACAAGAUUGAUCAAAGAUAUAUGUGAGUAUUUUGGAUAUUCUGAAUUUUUAGCAGAUAAAUUAUUUAAUUUAUUUUCACCAGCAGAGGCUAUUGAGUUUUUCGAAGCUAAUGAAAUUGCAAGACCUAUAACGAUAAGAACAAAUACUUUAAAAACAAGAAGAAGAGAUUUAGCACAAGCUUUAGUAAACCGUGGUGUAAAUUUACAACCUAUUGGGUCCUGGACAAAAGUUGGUUUACAAAUUUUUGAUUCCCAAGUUCCAAUUGGUGCAACUCCAGAAUAUUUGGCUGGUCAUUAUAUUUUACAAGCUGCUUCAUCAUUUUUACCGGUAAUGGCUUUAGAUCCACAAGAAAAUGAACGUAUUUUAGAUAUGGCAGCAGCACCAGGUGGUAAAACAACAUACAUAUCAGCCCUUAUGAAAAACACAGGUUGUGUAUUUGCAAAUGAUGCAAAUAAAGCAAGAACCAAGUCAUUAAUUGCAAAUAUACAUCGUUUAGGAUGUAAAAAUACAAUAGUAUGUAAUUACGAUGCAAGAGAAUUUCCAAAAGUUAUAGGAGGAUUUGAUAGAAUACUAUUAGAUGCUCCAUGUUCUGGUACUGGUGUUAUUGCAAAAGAUGAAAGUGUUAAAGUGAGUAGAACUGAAAAAGAUUUUAUGCAAAUUCCUCAUUUACAAAAACAAUUAUUAUUAUCUGCUAUUGAUUCUGUUGAUGCCAACUCUCCAACUGGUGGUGUGAUUGUAUAUUCUACAUGUUCUAUAGCAGUUGAUGAGAAUGAAUCAGUUGUUGACUAUGCAUUAAGAAAAAGACCAAAUGUGAAAUUAGUUGAAACUGGUUUAGCUAUUGGUAAAGAAGGUUUUAUGUCAUAUAGAGGUAAACAUUUCAAUCCAAGUUUAAAAUUAACAAGAAGAUAUUAUCCACAUACUUAUAAUGUUGAUGGAUUUUAUGUUGCUAAAUUCAAAAAGAUAGCACCAUCACCUCAUGAUGUUUCAAAAGCUGGUGCAAGAGAAAAAGAAAAUGCUGCUAGAGCUGAAGCUGAAGAAGAAGGUAUCAUUCAUGAUGAUUUCGCUACUUUUGAUAACGAAGAAGAUAAUGUCAUAAUGGAAAAGUCCAAAAAAGUAAGUUUGAGAAAGAAAGGUAUCAAUCCAAAUGCUACUAAAUAG